AUGGAAAGAAGAAGAAAUGGUUUGAUCAAAGUUGACUAUGUUGAAAUUAAGCUUUCAAUUUUCUUCACUUUCUUCCCAUCGCCUUCAUCUUCUUCCAAGGAAUUUCUGAGUGGUUUUUUGACUGCAGGCUUAGUGUGUCAAUUAACUACAAAAUCAAUGGAUAAAGAUGGUAGGGGUGAAGAGAAUGUUGGUUUAAGAAAAGGGGUGGAAUUGGUAAGAGACGUUUCUGCUAAGCAUUUUGAUCUUUUAAGACCCUUUGCUCGGAGUAAUUCAAGAGGACAAGCAGUGGAUGCAAUGGCUCAUGGAAAGGGAAAGUAUGGCUUAAUUAGAGAUCCAGAGGACUUCCAGACAGGAAUUUAUGAUAAGCCCCUCCCAUGUUUUGGAUGCGGAAUUGGAUGGUUCUCAUUUCUUUUUGGAUUUCUUUGCCCUCCUAUGUGGUUCUAUGCAACAAUUCUUUAUUUUGGCAAUUAUUAUCGGAAGGACCCUAGAGAACGGGCCGGGCUAGGAGCCUCUGCAAUUGCUGCAUUGGUGUGCACUGUAGGGGUGCUGAUAAUUGCGGCAAUCCUUCUGUUAAAAAAAUCGCCGUCUCUCUAUUUAUAA